CCUUCCGUCGCCAAAGGAACACGGUCCUCAUCGUGUGCCAUUGAAAGAUUCCAGCGCACUUUCUUCACUCCAUUUCAAGUUCACCUCACACGCUCAUUCAACACUCUCCCUCAUUGUCCCUCACCAUGCGCGGCACCAGUCACAGAUCUUGCAUCAUGCCAGGGAGCAUGCCGGCGGCAUGGAGCACGCCGUUCCUUACCCGCACCCCAGACUGGGUCUAUUCAGAGGCGUCUAACAUGCACCUCACGAAUGACAAGACAUGGUUCGAGAACGACUUUGUCGAGUAUGACUCGCAUAUCUCCAACUCACGCGCCGCCAUCGCCAGCAUACCCGUCAGGGGUGUCGGCAGCGUGGUUCUACCCGUCAAGCAAUCUGUUGCUGGGCAGGGCUUCCAAAGCAGCGUGUCGCUGCGCCUCGAGAACGUGCUGUACGUCCCAGACUACCCUGUUAGUGUCAUCGGGCGACCCAUCAAGGCGGUAGCCAGUGUACAGUUCUCCUCGGCUACGCCUCGUGGAGCUCUAGUGUACAAGGACGGCUCGGUCGCCGCGACGUUUCUGCCAGGCAGGGACUUUUACCAGGUCAUGCUACGGGAGUCGCAUGUCGGCGCGCCCCUGGGCAGGAGUGUACUGGACGAGCACCCCGAGUACGGAACCAUGGUGGGCUUCACCUGGCCAGACCAGGAGAUGCAAAAGUGGCGGUACGCUCAGGCCGCUCUCCGCUCGCCACCCAAGAUUGGUACAUCGUGCCGCAGCGAGGUCAAGAGUGUGCUUGCGCCAGCCUUUGUUCCCGACGCGUUGGCGCAACGAAACCGCAAACGCGGAAUGGCGUGCGAUGACGAGGUCGAGAGCUCACCGAGAAGGGUGAAACGCUCCCGCGCAAUGGAUGAGAUGGAAGAAUUCGGCUCGCCGAGGUCUAUGGUCUGGAGCAGGUGCUGAUUUGUUUUUUUGUACGACAAGCGAUCGAGAUUUCGGGGAUCUGUUUAUUUGGCAUGCUUCCAUGGUGGCGCAUCUACAUUGGGAGGGUUCUGGCGCAUGGGCAGGCGUUUGGGAAUGGGAAUAAUACCGCGUAUGGCGGUUUACAGAAUGGGCUCGUCCAGGGACAGAGCUGCUUUUUCACAUGGUUCGUAUCACUAUCACAGUUAAUACCAAAACUUGCGCGUCAAGAGUGGCGUCUCUACGUUGAGCU